AUGCAGCUAAAAGCUGCUUCUGCAGAUUCAUUUGGUAUCCGUGUGGCUGAUUACAGCCUGCAGAAUGAUACAGUGUUUGCACUCAGUGCAGAGAACAAGCACUGGAAGAGGAAGUAUGUUGAGGAGCUUGCGCUCAGGAGGGAGGAGGAGACACUCAGGAAGAAUGAGCUGAAGUGUCUUCACGCAGAUAUCGCUGCUGUUGAAGAAAAGGCAAAAAACGACCAAAAGGAAUGGUGCUUGCGGGAGUUCGUAAGAAGCCAAGAAUACAAUCAGGCUGAAGAGGACUUUCGAAACAAGCAAGAGGAAUUAACAACCAAGUUGAAUUAUAUGAAAUUUAAGCAUGGUUUAGAUAUCUUCGGAUUAGAAGAGAGGUUUAGCAAGGAGGCUAAAGAGAUUCGGAACGCUUGUGACAGGAUGGUGCAAGAACGGCAGGAGGAUAGGGCAGAGACCAUAGCGAGGAUGAACGGGCAGUUAGAUGAGGCUCGCUCCAAGUCAGAACGGCUGGUGGCCAUGGUUAGUAGGUUGAAAGAAGAGAGAGCAAUUGAGAAGAUGAUAGUAGAGAUGGCGGACUCCACCUACAUUGACAACAAGUUGAGAGAGAAGGAGGCAGAAUAUGUCAAGCUGCAGGAGAGAUUUGUCAAGUUGGGGAAGGAGAAAGAGAGAGUUGUGCUGGAGGCGGAGGAACGAGAAGAACGGCUGGUGAAGGAGUUUCAGGCGAAAGAAGCUGAUAUGUUAAGCAAUGCUGAUGAGAGGAGGAAGAGUGUCUUGAAGGAGAGGAGAGAGGCAGCAGCGAGAGAAUGGCGAGUGGUGAGAGAAGCGAAGAGUCGCCUUAAGGAAGCGAGGGCGGAGGGUGAGCAAGUGGUUGCAGAGUUGAAGAGAGUGAGUGAGCAGGUUCAGUCGGACAUGAGGGAGGAGUUCGAGGAACGGAUCAGAAAGUUGAGGGGCGAGUUCGGAAAGCAAGGAAUGCGAUUACUGAAAGCAUCAAGAGAGCGAGAGGACCACUUGAGGGCCGAGCUUGCCAAGGAGGUAGAGUUGAGGAGAUCAGUUGAAGAGGAUGCCAAGAAGCAAAUGGAGGAGUACCAGGAUUUGGUGCGAGAGAUGAACCAUUUGUCUGAGUGUUUGAGCAUGGAGAAGGCAAGGCGUGUAGAGGAGAGAGGUGACGCUUUGAGAGAGAGAGCAGGACUAGACAGCCUGAUUGAGCAGCAAAGAGUAGAGUUUGAGAAGUACAGUAAUGCCAUGGAAACGGAGAAACAUCAACGAGAAUGUGUAUCAGAUGCAGAAAGGAAAAGCAUAGUCAAGAUGCAGGAGGUCAAAAUGGCAGAUAUGACAGCCAGACAGGCGACUCUUGAACAUCAGCUAAAGGAGUCAGAUACCAAACGGAAGAAAGAAUCGUUGAUGAUGUUAGUCGAGAAGAAUCGACUGCUUACUGAAAUUGAUGUGUUGGGCAGCAAACGUCGACAUCAAAAGGCAAGUUUUGUUGAAGAACGGUACAAAUUGGAGAACGCGAAGAGGGCCGAAAAAGAUGUCCUGAAUCAGAAGUAUGACAGGCUGGCAGCAGAAUUGACAGCAGCAUUGGGUGGCCAAGAGAUGUUGUUCGGUAUUCGGAUAGAAUGCGACCAAGAGAGAUAUGAAGAGGCACAGGCAAAGGCUGCUGAUGAACAUGACCAGUUGUUGGAAUUGAUCGAGGCACGGCGACAAGAAGAUGAGCUGAAAGGAACCUUAGAAAGGAACAGGCUCUCUGGAAUGGUUGAAAGGUUGAGGGCGAAAUGCAAAGAUCAGGAGACGAGGCAUGAACAGGAAUGUCGUGAGCUAGAGGCAGAUUGGGAGGAGGAGAGAGACGCCUGGGCUGAGAAAUAUGACAGCAUGAACGCAGAACUGGAGCUGACGAAGAUGGCCUACGACAUGGAACUAGAAAGUGAGAAAGAGAGGCGACUCGAGGAGGAGUCAAGUUCGUUUGAGAAGAGUGAGCAGUUUGUAAGGGUGAUCAAAGAGUACAAGGUGUUGUUGGAGGAUUUGAAGAGUAACCAUGAUCAGGAGCAGAGUCAACUGAAAGACACCUGUGAGAGGAAAUUGGUAGAGAUGCAAAAACGGCACGAGGUCGUUAUGGCAGAGAUAGAAACACAAUGGCAUGACUUUGAAAGGCGCGUGGAGGACGAGGUCGAUCAUUGCGAGGAACUUGAAAGAGAGGUGGCGGAGUUGCAGAGGAAGAGAGAGUGGGAGACGAUUGGUACCGGCUGCUGGGUGGCCAUCAUGAAGAGACAUCACAAGGUUGACUUGGAUAAUAUGAGAUGCAGACUGGAGAGCUGCGAGGGUGAGCUGAGUGUUGCAAAGAACAGAAGCACGGUACUAAUGAAGAGUAUUGAAAAACAGGAAGCCGCAGACACAGCGCGGGCAAACAAUCACAAGGCAGAAAUUGAGCAGCUGACCCGCCGGGUUGAGACAUCAGAAAGUGAGCAAAGUGUGGCUAACGCCAGGGCGAGCUACUAUUUGGAGAAGUUGAGACGAACGGAACAGACUCUGGAAGACGCCAAGAGCGUCCAUCAGGAGGCUGUACAGAAGGGCAUGGAGCUUAUUGGAGAGUUCGAGGAAGAGUGCGCGGAACUGAAAGCUCAUGUUGUGAAGAAAAGUGAAGCAUUAGACAUGGAGAAAGAGAUAGUUGAACAGAGUGAGACUGUCUUGGAGUGGAGAGAGAGAGAUGUGAUGCAGUGGGAGAGGACGUUGGAUGCUCGUGAAGAGAACUUGCAAGAAAGCAAGGUGAUGAUGAUGAAUGGAUUAGCGGACCUUUCCAAGCAAGAGAUGGAUUUGAAAAAUUUGCAGGAGAAGUUGAAACAAGAGGAGGUGAAUAUCUUAAAGACGAAGGAAGAUUUGGUGACGGAGAAAGGCAGCAUAGAUGCGAGGGUAGCAGAAAUAAAGAAGGAGGAAGACCGACUUCAGGACAUUGAGAUUGAUAUGGAGCAGAGAGAGAAGGAAGCAAGACGGAGCCUCGAUAGUGCCCAGAAGGUUCCAGACCGGCUGCCAAUUGACCAAAGUCUCGGCGAGCUGACAGACACAAAGGAGCAACUAGUGGCAAUGCAGAAGCAGCUCACGGAGCAGGAGUGGUACUUCCUCGCGCGGGAAGGUGAGUUCCAGGAGGCUAAGGUCGAGGUCAACCGGUACAGAAAGAGAGAGGAGAAGAUGAAGUUGUUGGAGCUCGAGCUGCAGGAGAAGACGACUGGGCUGCAGGGGAUGGAGGUUGCCAUGAGAGUCAAGAAGGCGAACAUCGACAGCACGAUGUUGGAGGUUGAUGGUAUACGACGGACUCUCAGUAUGGACAGGCGAUAUAAAGCUAGGAGGAACCGGGGCUGUCAAGCAACGCAGGAGAAGAUAGCGGCCGAUCUGGAGGCGGUACAUGGCUCGAGCUUGCAGUGCGGAGAUGAGGUGGUGGAACAACAGAAUCGGACGACCAACACUGAAGACAACAGCGAUACCAAAUUGCCAAAAGAGGAUGAGGCAUCGUUUCAAGGGAUGAAGAGCAGACGAUCCAAGGUGAUCAUACAUUACGAUCUGGAGGAGGACGCUUGCGUGGAGAAGGAGGAAUCAGAUACAAAACCUGUCGGAAUACAGAAACGCAACUCCUCGGUGAUGGAUCAGGUCUACGAAGGACCCCAGUUUGCACACCCAAGUGACCGUAUGGCGCAUCCUAACUUCCGUCACGGCGGGCCACAUCCUCAGAACUUCUGCCGUCCACCGCCACCUGGUUACCAUCCAAUGCGACCACACCCCGCUGGGAGACCACAUCCUCGCAUGGGACCACCUCCACCGUACGGACCACGACCGCACGGUCCCGGCUAUGGACCACCUCAUCUGCGCGGACCGCGGCCGGGGUUUUACAGACCACAUGGCCCGUACGGACAGCCGCCACACAACGGCGCCAGGAGACAGCAUCCAUCAAGGGAGGACCCACGCUAG